AUUACAGAGACCAUCAACUCUCUCAAGGAAAAGCUUGUAGAAGGGGCACCCUGUGACGAAAGCAUGAAUGACCUGCGCACCCUUAUCAAUAAGUGUGCUAGAGAGACGUUCGGCGAUGCACGGGGGAUGGAAAAGUCUGUGAAGCGUGACUGGUGGAACGAGGACUGUGCAGCUGCGUGGAAUGAUAUGAUGAGUUUCCGUAAGGAGGUCAGGGACCCCGUCUCAGGCAAGCUGCCCGAUCUACAUAGGACUACCUGGAAGGCCAAGCACCGUGCCUUUAAAAAGGCUAGGAAGGCCGCUAUUCAGGAGUUUGAAAUGGAAGAUAUGCGGAGGAGGAUUAAGGACGCCCGGUUCAACCCACGCGGAUUGUGGACAUGGCUGCGUGGGGGAAAACCACCUCCUUGCGGGAUCUCAGAUAUUAAUGCUUUUACCGAGCAUUUUUCCAAGGUGCUUAAUGGUACGGGAGAGACGAGGCAAUGCCGCAAUGAGGGUAUUCAGUUUAGAUGGCUGGACGAGGACCAGGUGACGCACAGACGGGAAUUAGCUGCUUGGCUUAACGAGGAUUUUACGGAGGAUGAAAUUGCUAGUGGCCUUAAGGCUAUGCGCAACAAUAAGUCCGCGGGCCUGGAGGGAACCCCGGCCGAGUAUUAUAACCGAUGGAGCACCCUUCGUGAGCAGAGUGUUAGCCUGGCGGGCGGUGAUCUCACUAACCUACUUUUCGUUGACGAUGUGUCACUAGUAGCGACAGGGCACGAUAGAGCUGAAUGCCUUCUGGGGCUACUCGAAGCCUACUGCAAAGCGACGGGUAUGGCCGCGAAUGCCGCCAAGUGCGAGGUCCUCAUUUUUGGGGGUGCUACGCGUGAGCGGAAGCGGCUUGUUGAAGCUGAGUACCGGAAUUACCGGAGCCAAGGCGUGUCGCUAUAUGAACUGGAUGGGAGCUGCCCCGUCAAGGGGCUUUGUGACUGUGGAGCGGUUGAAGAUGAGUUGCAUGUUUUCGAAGAAUGUCCCGCUUACAAGAGCAUACGGGCUAAGUAUGAUGGUGACCUAGUCCUUACGGGGCGCAGCAUGCGCACCACUAUGACUGAGGCGCCACCCCUGGCAUUGGCCAGGUACCUCUCGGAAAUCUGGGAGGCCAGGCACGUCGCGCUGAGGCGCUUCGCCCUGAAGCGGACGAGGGAGAAUGAAGAUGACCUCCCGCGUACCCGCAUCAAUACCAAUACAACGUCCAUGGCCCCCCCGGCUUUUACGGACACACCCGCACUUGCCGUCCGGUGCACCGCUGGACUUCAAGGGCAGGUCCCGCUGCAGAAGGAAGUCAUGCAGGACUUCAUCCACACUGUUCUCAAGAGCGACACAGCGGACCUCAUAAAGGGUCAUCAGCAACACGCCUAUCCAUCGUACCUGGCGGCUAGUGCUUUAGGCUGGGAGCUGGCUUUGGAGCAGGUGACGCUGUGGCUGCCGGCGGCGGCGGGGUCGGCGGCGUCGGCGGGUUUAGACCCCGAUGCAACGCGGGAGCUGCUGAUCCCUACGGAGAUGGCACUGCAUGGGUUGGAGGAACUGUUCCAGCAACUUCGGCUACGGCGGCAGUCGGGAGCACCGGGGGAGCCACAGCCAGGCCCGUCGCAACCCAGGUUCGAGCGGCAGCGGCAGCGGCAGCGGCAACGAUCGGUCCAGGAUGCACGUCGGCGGGUGCAGCCGCGCCUUGAGCCGCCGAUGCAGCAGCAGCAGCAGCAGCAGGCAAUGCAGCUCCAGACGGAUCUGGUGCAGCAUGGGGUAGCUGCUGGGGCGGUUGCAGAGCAAAUACAGCUGCAGCAUUUACAACAGCAACAACAGCAUCAGGGUAUUGUGAAGCGAGAACAUUGGUCACACGAGGAGAACUUACAUCAUCAACAGCAGCAACAGCAACAACAGCAACGCCUCCCGAUUCCUACAGGUCCUCGGGAUGCACCUAUUACGUGUUCGGCAUCGCCCGACUUGCCUCGGCCUCCUGAGCUCUGUGCUCCGCGGGACGUCAUGCGCUCGGAGGCUGCCCAGCAGGGCCCAGCCGCGCCAAUGACCGCACACGCCACGAAGCGUCCUCCACAGGCGUUGCCAGCCGAUCCAUUGCCGUCCCCGCAGCAGCUGCUGGCCCCACCAGCACUUCACAACGCCCCUUCUGGAGGCCAGACGGACGAGGAUACUUCGAACAGGCACUGCCUCACACCGCAGGCUGACCCACGGGUCGGAUCCACAGAUUAUCCGGACCGAUGCAGCGAGUCGGGGGUGCGGGCGGUGCCCAGGACCCUGGGCGUGCAAGCGUUGGAACCUGCCGCAGACCUUGACACAACUGGCGUGCCCGGCGGCAGUGGCGGCGGUGUUUCCCCCUCCGUGGCAGCCGCAGGUGCUGCUGGUAAUGCAGGAGUGAUGUGCUCGGGCAACCGGGCAAGCGGAGUCCCAGGCCUUUCCUCAGACCCAGUCCUCGCGGCGGCCAACAACGCGCUCCCGUCGCCCGCAGCCGGUGGCCUUCCACUGCUCAACCUGUCUAAACCUCGUUACGGGGAUCCGCAGCUAUCGUCCCUACGCGGUCGCACAGUGACGACCGAGAUGCCAGGUGCACGUCUGUUCCCACGCUAG